UUUCAAGAUGUCAUUACACUUGCAAAUAUUAUUAGACUAUUCAACCCUCAUUUAAUUGGACCUGCCCCAACCCAGACUGUCCAUGGAACUCCAGCUCCUCUGUGUGAGACAGGAUUUAAUCUGGCUGUAACCGGACAUAACACCUUUAAUCUUCCUGAACAAGUGAGACAUUUGAUUGACACACUGAAAACGUAUGAGAAUAUUAACUUUGAUGAGGACUGGAAACUCUUGACUGUUCUUAUUGGGAUGAAUGACAUCUGUGAUUACUGCAAAGACAAGUCCCUUUAUUCAGUGGAGAACUUUGUCCAUUACAUGACCGUGUCCUUGGAGAUGCUGAGGAAUGAGGUUCCUCGAAUGAUAGUGAAUGUGGUUCAGAUACUGCCCAUGGAGACCUUGAGGGAAGUACAAAAGCCCACCCCAGGAUGUCUGCUUCAAAGGUCAUUUUGCUCCUGUCUGGUAAAGCCAGCUGCUGGAUCCGCUGAUCUGAAGGAACUGAUCGGAGUCAACCUGGAAUUCCAGAAUGCAUUGGAGAAAUUACUGUACAGUGGUCGUUUCUUUAAGGAUGACUUUGCUGUAGUUUUGCAGCCGUUCCUCAAACACGCAAAUCCACCAAGACUCCCCAAUGGGAAGAUUGACAUGAGCUUCUUUACCCCUGACUGUUUCCACUUUACCAUAAAAGGACAUGAGGAGCUGGCCAAGGGACUCUGGAACAACAUGUUUCAACCUGAGGGGGAAAAGUUCAUGGUGGAGAGCUUUUCAAACCCUAUUGAGCUCAGUUGCCCCCCUGUGGGUCAUCCUUACAUUUAUACCAGACCUGCAAAGACUGGUCCAGCACUUCCUGAGACACCACAGUCAUCUGGCAACAGACCAGCAGCUCUCCGUCUCAUGCUUGUCUUGGCUUUCUUUCAACUCUGGUUGGCUGUAAAUCUGCUCUCUUUGUAGGAUGUCCAUAUGGAGUAUUAUGGUACAUGAUGUCUGCCCAACUCCAUGUUCUACUUGGCCUGGAUCACUUGAUCAACAAGAUGCUGGGUUGUUUUUAACUCAUGUCUGGGUAAAUAUUGGAUAGAACUAAAAUGUUACCCAACCAUGUGUUGACACGACCCAACAUUGGGUAAUUGGGUGUGUUUUGUCCAACGUUCACCCAGCCAUGGGUUAAAAACAACCUUGCAUUUGUUUUUUUUGUGAAAUUAUUUUUUUGAAGAUUGCUUGGAAUUUGAACAAAUUUGGUCAGAGAUUCAGAGACUUCAGGGUAGUCUGUAAAUCUGGUAAAUGAAUAAACAACAAAAACAAAAUCAUGCUAUCACUGAAAACCAGUUCAAAAUACAUACACCAUACAAUCAGUAUCUCUUUAAAUUGCUCGAUAAUCUAUAAUGGACAGCAAAAUAGAAAAGUGUAUGCUAACCUGAUAACCUUUUCUGAUAUGCUUAACCAAAAUAGCACAACAGCAGAUGUGCAGCCACAUUUAGCUCUGUGUAAUGGCGCUGUAAUCAAUUUAAGUAUGAAAGGUAAUAGUGUAAGCUAAUUUAAGCUGGUUUGGACAAAAAUUGCCAGAGGUUAACCGGUAAGCUCAUUAAACCUCUGUGGAUACUAAAAUUGAAUGUUGGGUGAUUGUUUUGCUUGUGCAGCUUGGUGAAAAGGUUUUAUUGCCCAAGUUCUUUGCUUUGGAUGCUGCAACAAGAGAAGUGAUUUUAUUCUUCUCAAAUAAAGCUUUUAGAUGGGAUUUUUUUCCUCUUAAUUUUAUUCUUUUAAUUUAGUUUUUAUCUAUGCUGGCUAUCUUUGGAGUUUUUGAAUGAACUGUUACAUUUACAUUUCAAAUUCAUGUGCCCUCAUAAACAUCUGAAAAUGUACUUUUACCCUCUUGUGGCGAUCGCUUUCUGAUGACGUCAGCUAGGCAAACCAGUGUUACAUCAGUCAUCAAAUAAUAAAAAAUAUAACACAUUUAUUUGAUAUUUACCCCAGUAACAUUAAAAAUAAGGCAAAUUGGAUGUGGUAUGUUUAUUUCAAAAAUGCUUACAGAUACGAAAUACCAACAUUUUCUAAUUAAAAACUUUGGUUUAAAUCUGGCUGUAAUUUCUAUCUUUUUGGUAAUGUACCUGCUCAUCUCCACAUUAUUUUUCCCAACAGUG